UUGUCGAACACAAUGAUCCAAAGUUCAGUGACAACAGUGAUCAUUCAAAGAAUAUAACAGCUAGGUACAGUAUAACUACGUCACGACAACAUUACAAGGACAAGCAAGAAUGUCUGCGAAAUCUCUUACCAUUUCAUCACGGGCGUUAUUGCAACUUGUGAACCGCGCUGCGAAACACGGCUCUCGGCAUGGACGCUCCGCAGUCGAGAGGCGGCCGUCUGUCAGGUCGUACUAUGGAACCGCAAAGGUGAGCUGCGCUUCCACCGACCCGGUCUGGACAGUGGACCUCCGGAGUGACACGGUUACCAAGCCCGGACCAGCGAUGCGGCAAGCCAUGGCCGAGGCGCAAGUAGGGGACGAUGUUUUCGGCGAGGACCCGACUGUAAACGAACUCCAGCGUCAGGCAGCAGAUAUAUUUGGGAUGGAAGCAGCAUUGUUUGUGCCUUCGGGGACCAUGAGCAAUCUGAUUGCCGUGAUGGUGCACUGCAGAGAGAGAGGAGAUGAGAUGAUCGUGGGAGAUCUUUCCCAUCUUCAUAUCUAUGAACAAGGAGGCAGUGCACAGCUGGCUGGCGUUCACUCCACCACAGUCGCCACCCUCCCAGAUGGGACCUUUGACCUGGGGCAGCUGGAGUCCAAGAUCCGUCAUGGAUACCCUGAUGCCCACUACCCGCGCUCCCGCCUGAUCUGUGUGGAGAACACCCACAACAUCCAGGGGGGGCGUGUGCUGCCCCUCUCUUUCCUUCGGGAGCUGCGUUCGAUGGCGGAUCGGUACGGCCUGGCGGUCCACAUGGACGGGGCGAGGGUGAUGAAUGCGGCGGUGGCCCAGGGCGUCCCUCCCCCUGUCAUUCUGCAGCACUGCCACACUGUCAGCGUCUGUCUGUCCAAGGGACUGGGGGCACCGGUGGGCACCAUGCUGGCAGGACCAAAGGACUUCAUUCAGAGGGCAGUGCGUGCCCGUAAGGCACUGGGUGGUGGAAUACGCCAGGCGGGCAUCCUGGCAGCAGCGGGCACCCUGGCACUGACGAAAAUGGUGGGCAGGUUGGAGGAGGAUCACAGGAAUGCUAAGGCCUUCGCCCAAGCAUUGCUGGAAUGUGACCCGCCUCUUUACCAGGUGGAUAAGGCUGCCGUGGAGACCAACAUCUUGCGCUUCAGUCUGCGUGACCCCCUGCUGACCCCCGCUGAGUUCUGCAGGCGCAUGGCGGAGGUGGACGAGGGUGAAGUCCGGGCGCUGGGGCGGGGCGUCCGUGUGCUGAUGUUCCCCCACGUUGGCGGCUCUGUCAGGGCUGUCUGGCACUUGGAUGUCACCGAGGAAGACACCCAGCUGGCCAUCCAGAAACUGCACCUUGUGGCCCAGCAGCAUGUGGAAGAGCGCCACAGGGCCCAGUGAAGCCCGGGACUCGCCUGGCUAUGCUCACCCCAGCAAAGAGCCUGGAACUAGGAGAAUAUGUUCCCCUUACAAUUCACACAGUACAGAGAACAAUCAGCACCUUCUGAUGGAUGAAUGCAACACAGCAAUGACUAUGGAAUCAUGACACAGACUCUUUUCUUGUACCAUUGUAGAAUUUUGGGUUUGGACUUUGAGUGCUUGUGUGUG